UUCCUCGGAAUCCAUAUCAAAAUGGCAAACCUCCUGCAGCAUUCUCUGGCCUCCUGUCACCUUUGUGUUUUUCGAAUCUCCGAAUUGCACAAAGGCGGUAUUUACAGUCUGAAAAUCAAAGAGGGAGAAAAAGGAUUCUCAAUAUCAUCAUCAUCCUCAAGGGCCCCUUUUCUCCCCCUGCUGGCUAUUUGAUCACCAGAUAAUUAAUCAAUCAAUCAUGCCACCAAGCCACAAUCUGCGAAAAGCUGCUCAUAAGAAGAAGAAGGCUAAAGCUAACAAAAGUUCCGUUUCUUCCUCUGUACCUCGCUCCCGUCAUGGAGAGAAUGGUGGUGGGAAAGUUAGCUCUAAAGCAUCCAAAAGUCAACAUAAGUCUCCUCUUCCGGGGGUCAAGGUUGAGAAGGAGGACUAUUUGUCUGGCAGUGAAUCUUCAGCAACAGAGAAUGAAACGAAAGAGAAGCAAGGUGAUAUUGAGAUUGCUAGGCGGUCAAAUUCACAGAAACAGAACGACAAAAGCCCGAAUUCUGGAAGUGGCAGCAUAGAUAACAAAGAUCAUGAUAAAAAGAAAGCGGUGGUUAUUGAACCUGCUUCUGUUGCUGACUACCUAUCCCAACCUCUCGAGUCUUUGCUUGAAGAGGGGACUCACAAAGACGAAGACUUGGGUGUCAACACUCCCCUUAUUGUUGAUUCAGUUAUGCCUGCAGAACAAAUUUUGGUUGAAGUGGCAUCCCAGUUAAAUAAUACGAGUAACACAAAUAUUGAAGAUAUGAAUGAUUUAGUCAUGGCCAAAACACACUUGGAACAUAAAGUUGUCAAAAAGAAUGAUUCAAAGAUCAACAGUCCAAAUUUUGCUAGUAAAAUAGAUGAACUGACUUCAAAAGAAAAUGAGGUUCAGAAGCCCGUUUCGUUAGAUCAAAAGGCUUCUCCAAAAUCAAAAUACAUUGUGCUACAAGAUUCUACAAAAGGUAAAUGCCUACAUUGUGGAAAGAGAAGUGAUGAGCGCGUAAAUGAGUCUGAAUUCUCCGAGAGACAGCCUCUACUAGAUUCAGCCCCUCAAGCAGCUGAAAAAACUUCAUGGAAGUGUUGCUGUGGAAUAUUUGAGUUGUUUUCGGGCUCCAGUCAGUAAAUUGCAGAAACUGGUCAUAUAUCAUAUGAGCUAUGGAGUUGGGGUGCAGAACCUCAGAGUGCUUAAAUUUUUCCAGCCCUAUAUUCAUGGCUCAAAGUCCAUUACUUUAAAUUUUUCAUCCUCAUUUUUCUGUAAAUU